UUGAGUCAACAAAUUGGCCAGCGUCGGGAAGGACGGCAGCCAAUAUAUUAGGCAGGACACCGUGCACCACAGUCAGGUCCCGCUCAGUGGUCGCAGCAACACCAGCCAACGAUGAUGCUGAUGAAGGCAACAGUGCUGGCGGUGGUGCUGGCAGCGGUGAGUGUGGAGGGUUUGGAUAUACUCCCUUGUGGCAUUGCUACAAUGAAUCCUGGAGAGAGGGUGGUCAUCCAGUCUCCAAACUAUCCUCAAAACUAUGACGACAGUGACAGGUGCCAGUACGAGAUCACAUGUAAUGAAGAGAGCUCGACCUACCUGGAAUUCAUCUGUCCUGUGUUCGAGCUCGAGGAUUCAUCUAACUGUGAUAACGAUCGUCUGAUUGUUAAGUACAGAGACGAAGAUGCAACCAGAAACUGUGGCACGAAUUCUCCAGACGGGACCCUGACGACAACAGGCUGGACGCGCAUCACCUUUGCCACUAACUCUGCCACCAACGCCAAGGGUUACCGCUGCUACAUCUGGUGCCGAGAAAACCCUACUACCACUACCGCUGAACCAACUACUACUACUACUACUGAGGCAACAACCACUACCACUGAGGCAACUACUACUACCACUGAGCCAACUACCACCACCACUGAAGCAACUACCACUACUACUGAGGCAACCACUACUACCACUAAGCCAACUACCACUACUACUGAGGCAACAACCACCACAACUGAGGCAACUACUACUACCACUGAACCAACUACCACUACCACUGAGGCAACCACUACUACCACUGAGCCAACUACCACUACUACUGAGCCAACUACCACUACUACUGAGCCAACUACCACUACUACUGAGCCAACU